UAUGUCCAUCACCCAAUAAAUAGACAGUCAAGCCCUCGCCAUUCCCAUACAACUGCUGGAGAGAUGAGACAAUCACACCAGCUGCCCCUCGUGGGGCUCCUAUUAUUCUCUCUCAUUCCAAGCCAACUAUGCCAGAGCUGUGCGGUAAGCGAGAAAGACUACCCCCAUCUAAGGCCGCUGAUAAGCGCAAUGGACAAUUUAAAACAAAUCAGAGGAAUCUAUGGAGCCAGCAUCCUGUUGUCGCAAAGACUUGCCGGGAUUCAGAACGCAAGCCUCGAAGAAGAGCUGAGUCAGCAAAUCCAAGAUGAUAUGAACAGGAGAGACGUGUCCAAUUUAACCUCAGGACAGCUUGCCUUGAUUAUUCUGGCUUUUGGAGCAUGCAAAAACCCUGAUGCCAGGUUUAUACACGAUCAUCACCUUGUUGAGAAACUAGGGGAAAAGUUCAAAGAAGAAAUUAAGAACAUGGAAAUACACGACGGCAAUCCGCUGACUAACUACUACCAGCUCAGCUUCGACGUUUUGACCUUGUGUCUGUUCAGAGGGAACUAUUCAAUCAGCAAUGUUACUCAUUACUUCAAUCCUGAAAAUAAAAACUUUAAUCUUAGCGGCCGUUUCUCAGUGGAUACGGGAGCCAUGGCUGUUCUUGCUCUGACCUGUGUGAAGAGGAGUAUAAGCAAUGGGAAGAUUAAAGCAACUAUUAAGGAUUCAGACACAAUCCAAAAAUAUAUAGAGUCACUGGUACAUAAGAUCCAGUCUGAGAAAAAUGAUGGUCUCUUUGGAAACGCGUAUAGCACAGGAGAAGCUAUGCAGGCUCUCUUUGUCGCAUCAGACUAUUACCAAAAUGAGUCAAAUUGCCAAGAAACUCUGGACGCAGUGUUUGACAACAUUUCUCAGGGAGUAUUCCGUCUACCAAUCGCUGCAGCCCAGAUCUUACCUGCCCUGAUGGGAAAGACCUACCUGGACGUUAACGAAACUGCUACUUGUCCCCAAAGUCCAGUUAAUAUCACUGAUGAGUCUGUACCUGUGGUACCUACUCUCUCACCUGAAAAUAUCUCAGUCAUUUACUGUGUGGAAAUCAAUGAAACAUCAAAUUGCAUUAACAUCACUGUGAAAAAUGGUUCUGUCUUCCUCGAUGUAAUGAAGGCGGCUCAGGAAAAAAACAGAGCUAUAUAUGGUUUCACCAUGAAGGAGACCCCAUGGGGCCCCUACAUCACCUCUGUUCAGGGCAUACGGGCCAAUAAUAAUGAGAGAACCUACUGGGAACUUCUGAGCAACAACAAACCACUAAGCCAAGGAGCUGGGAAUUAUGUUGUCAAAAAUGGAGAGCAUUUAGAGAUUCGUUGGGCCACAUACUAAGAAACUCAAACCCUCCUCCAUGGGUCUAAUCCUCUUGGAAUGGAAUUACGUGUGGAAAUUGAUUUUCAUGUUUUCCUUUUCAUUUAGCUCAAUCCCAAUAACACAGUCAAUAACCUCGGCAUCUCUCUUUGCACAUUCAAUAAAAUAUCAGCAAUUAUACAAAAAAAAA